AUGAGGACUGUGGUCCUGUGGGGCCUGCUGGCUCUGCUGUGUCAACACACUGUGGUUAACAGCCACGUACUGGGAAGGCCCUCUUCUACCAGUGAGCUGGCUCAGAUCAAGGCUUUACUGGAGCGCUUCGAGGACAGUCUGGCCGAAGCGGCCCAGGAGGAGGACUCUGAAGCUGAUUAUGAAGGGACAAACCAGGAGCCGGAGAACAGCCAGGUCAGCAGGGGAUGGAACCUGGACCAGGAGGGGAACCAAGAACCCUUGAUAUCAGAAACAUCUCAAUUACCAGUGCAGGGCCACAGCAGGACUCCGAGUCAGAGGGGCCGUCUGCUGGACCUGCUGUUCACCGCCAGGAGACAGGCCUCUGGCUGCUUCGGAGCCCGGAUGGAUCGGAUAGGAAAUGCCAGCGGUCUGGGAUGCAACAAUGGAAGAGGGUAG